AUGAGUGUCUCUGCUCUGAGCUCCACCAGAUUUGCAGGCAGCAUCUCUGGCUUCCUGCAAGUGGUCUCCGUGCUUGGCUUGCUUCUGCUGCUGCUCAAAGCGGUCCAGUUCUACCUGCAGAGGCAAUGGCUACUCAAAGCUUUCCAGCAGUUCCCAUCCCCACCCUUUCACUGGUUCUUUGGACACAAGCAAUUGCGGGGUGAUCAGGAGCUACAGAUGAUUAUGAAGGUUGUGGAGAACUUCCCAAGCGCCUUUCCUCGCUGGUUCUGGGGAAGCCAAGCUUACUUUACUGUCUAUGACCCUGACUACAUGAAGGUGAUACUAGGGCGAUCAGGCUAUGGUUUGCUCUUGCUGAAUGGACAGCCAUGGUUCCAGCACCGGCGCAUGCUGACCCCAGCCUUCCACUAUGACAUUCUGAAGCCCUACGUGAAAACCAUGGCUGACUCUGUCCAGUUGAUGCUCGACAAGUGGGGACAGCUGGCUGCACAGGACUCCUCUAUAGAGAUCUUUCAACACAUCUCCUUGAUGACCCUUGACACCGUCAUGAAGUGUGCCUUCAGCCACAAGGGUAGUGUCCAGGUAGAUGGAAAUUACAAGACCUACAUCCAGGCAAUUGGGGACCUGAACAACCUAUUUUAUUCCCGUGUGAGAAAUAUCUUUCAUCAGAAUGACACCAUCUACAGUCUGUCCUCCAAUGGCCGCUUGGCUGACCGUGCCUGCCAACUUGCCCACGAUCAUACAGAUGGAGUGAUCAAGAUGAGAAAGGAUCAGCUGCAGGAUGAGGGAGAGCUGGAAAAGGUCAAGAAGAAGAGACGUUUGGAUUUUCUGGACAUCCUCUUGUUUGCCAGAACAGAAAAUGGGGAUAGCUUGUCUGACAAGGACAUCCGUGCUGAGGUGGACACAUUCAUGUUCGAGGGCCAUGACACCACAGCCAGCGGACUCUCCUGGAUCUUCUAUGCUCUGGCCACACACCCUGAACAUCAACAGAAAUGCAGGGAGGAAGUUCAGAGCCUCUUGGGGGAUGGAUCCUCCAUCACCUGGGAUCACCUUGACCAAAUGCCCUACACCACCAUGUGCAUCAAGGAGGCCAUGAGGCUCUACCCACCUGUCCCAGGCAUUGUGAGAGAGCUCAGCACACCUGUCACCUUCCCUGAUGGGCGCUCUUUACCCAAAGGUAUCUCAGUCACACUCUCCAUUUAUGCACUACACCACAACCCGAAGGUGUGGCCAAACCCAGAGGUUUGCACCAGAUUCUCCCAGACACAGCCAUUCAUUCCUGCCCUUCUCAGGAGGAGCAAGGAACUGCAUUGGGAAACAAUUUGCUAUGAAUGA